AUGGGUAGAAGAGCUAAGAAUAAACAGGGGGCUCCACCUAGCUUUGAUGAGUUUCAAGCUCUGAGGGACAAGAAGUUGCAAAAGAGCCAGAAGAAGAGUUUGAAAACUGAAAAGCCAGAGAUCAAGUCUAAACCAGCCAACACCAAUGCCAACUCCAAAAGGAAACAUGAAGCUUUGGAAUCUACAAAGCCAACCAAAAAGACAAAGGUGGAGCGCGCACCUAAAGAUGUAGAGGAAGAAGAAGAGGAACUUCCCGAAGUAGACUUGCAAGAAUUGGCAUCUGCUAGGAAAUCAUUGUUUGAUGAUUCCGAAGGUGAAGAACAAGGUGAAGACGAAGAAGACGAGGAAGAACUCGACGAUGACGAAUUUGACGUUGAAAAUUACCAAGACGAACAAGAUCCAGAAGAUCUCGAUUCCGACGAAGAAGGUCGGGUGAAGCACAUGUUCUCCGAUGACGACGACGACGAAGAAGAUCUCGAGGGCUUGAACGCCCAAAACAUGGAGCUUUACUCUAAACAAUUGGACGAAGAAGACGAGCUCGAGGCCGAAGAGGCCCAGAAAGAGCUUUUGGAAGAAGGCACUGUGCAGCCGAGAGCCAAAGUUUUGCCCACUGCCGCCGAAGAAGAACAGAUGUCGCAGGGCCCACAAGACGUCACCAUGGUGAGGACUAGAAUGUUGGAAAUUGUAAAGGUGUUGGAAAACUUCAAAGUAUUGGCCGAGGAAGGCAAAUCGAGAGCAGACUACGUGUCGAGGCUAGUCAAAGACAUCUGCGAAUAUUUCGGAUACUCCGAAUUAUUAGCAGACAAGUUGUUCAACUUGUUUUCACCAGCGGAAGCGAUCGAGUUUUUCGAGGCCAACGAGAUUGCAAGACCAACCACUAUCAGAACCAAUACUUUGAAAACUAGAAGACGCGACUUGGCCCAGAGCCUAGUCAACCGAGGGGUGAAUUUACAGCCCAUUGGCUCGUGGACCAAAGUUGGCUUGCAAAUAUUCGACUCGCAAGUGCCCAUCGGGGCUACACCCGAGUACUUGGCGGGACAGUACAUCUUGCAAGCAGCAUCGUCAUUUUUACCCGUAAUGGCUCUAGAUCCGCAGGAAAACGAACGUAUUUUGGAUAUGGCUGCCGCGCCAGGCGGUAAGACAACCUACAUUUCGGCCUUGAUGAAAAACACCGGCUGCAUCUUUGCCAACGACGCCAACAAGGCACGUACAAAGUCUUUGAUUGCCAACAUCCACAGGCUCGGUUGCAAGAACACGAUAGUGUGCAACUACGACGCGAGAGAGUUCCCGAAAGUGAUUGGUGGGUUCGAUAGGAUCUUGUUGGACGCCCCGUGUUCGGGAACAGGUGUCAUUUCCAAGGAUGAAAGCGUCAAGGUAAGCAGGACGGAAAAGGAUUUCAUUCAAAUCCCCCAUUUGCAAAAACAGUUGCUUUUAUCCGCAAUAGAUUCAGUCGACGCCAACUCGCCCACGGGCGGAGUUAUAGUAUACUCCACGUGUUCAGUUGCCGUGGACGAGAACGAAAUGGUUGUCGACUACGCUUUAAGAAAGAGACCAAAUGUCAAAUUGGUCGAAACUGGUUUAGCGAUAGGGAAAGAAGGGUUCACUUCGUAUCGCGGCAAACACUUUAACCCAUCCUUGAAGUUGACAAGGAGGUACUAUCCUCACAUAUACAAUGUCGAUGGUUUCUACGUUGCUAAAUUCAAAAAGAUUGCGCCAUCGCCACACGAUGUUUCCAAAGCUGGUGCCAGAGAAAAGGAAAAUGCCGCUCGGGCAGAAGCCGAGAAGGAAGGAAUCAUCCAUGAUGAUUUUGCCACUUUUGAUAACGACGAAGAUGAGGCCAUCAUGGAAAAGUCCAAAAAGAUUAGUUUGAGGAAGAAAGGAAUUAACCCGCACGCAAAAAAGAUAUAG